CUAAAGUUUAGUAUUAAAUGGAUGUUAAUAUGUCUUCGGGUAUAAGAAGCCUGAUUUACCCAUAGUCUUACCCCUUACGCACUGAAACUGUUGGUUGUUGUACCCCUACUAGCGGGAGUCUUGUUACCAAAGUAUGGAAAUUACCAUGUAUAGUACGAUAUUUAAUGGAACAGGCAUGAAUUCCCCUUAUAACGACUGAGGCCCGUUAAAUGCUAUCACACCGGACCCAAAAAGCUCAAUUCACUUACUGGACGGGUUGCCACUACGGGUGACUGUUUUUCGAGUAUUGACCGAGGCCCGCACUUCGACCGGAGAGUUCUGAACAGGCAGUGUCCGCCAUGGCGUACGUGUUCCCAAUUGAGCGUACCAGCCAGAAGAUUCUCAUCGGAAGCGCAGUGGUUUUCUCAUUGAUACCGGUGACUGCCGUUUUUCUGCGCAUGGUGGCGCGGUCGAGAAUAAAGAAUCACACUCUUGAUCUGAGCGACUGGCUUAUCAUCUUAGCAUGUAUCGUCGCAGUCGCAUACCAAGCACUUGCAGUCACCUGCGCUGUGGUUGGGGGGAUGGGAUACCACACGACUGAGGUCCUUGCGAUGGGAGGAGAGAAUGCGGUAACCCUUCUCCUGGAGCUUGUAACCGCUGUCGUCAUCUUCUGGGCCGUCAGUCUCGGGUUAACGAAACUCUCCAUCCUCGCGUUAUACACCAAGAUUUUCUGCGUCACGAGCUUCGUCAUUGCCGCUCAAGCCUGUGCCGUAUUCGUCGUGCUCUGUGCCAUGGUCCUGGUGAUCGGUGCCUUCACUAUCUGUACGCCGGUUUCGUACAACUGGGACAGAUUCUCGACCGAGGGAAGCUGUGGCAACAUUAGGAUGUUGUGGUCUGUAACCGGAGGGCUCAAUAUCUUCAGUGACCUAGUUAUUAUAUUCCUCCCCAUGCCACAUAUUUGGGGCCUAUCGCUACAGCUGUACAAAAAGAUUGGAUUAAUAGUGACCUUUGGGAUCGGGCUUGCAGUCUGCAUUGUGAGCGCCGUCCGACUCGCCGAGAUUAUCAAAAUCAACAUGGACGACUUCCCAUAUUCCGGCGGCAUCGCACUCGCGUUUAGUGCACUAGAACCCUCUCUGCUGGUAACUGCAGCAUGUAUCCCACUUCUCCGCCCAUUAGUAUCUCGAAAAAAUUCCUCAGUCAAGGCCAGUAGCUACGCCGACGGCACUAUUACUAUUGGUGGUACCGGAGCUCACUCGGCUCCUCGAAUGGGGGGGUUCUCAGAACUCCAGGACGACGACGGCUCGACAAGACAACUACACAUGGAACAGUCGAAAUUUGGUGGUGGUGGGUCAGCUGCCGAGGCAGAUGGUAGUUCCUUCGGUUCCUCCCAUGGAGCAGAUAACCAUUAUACCAACUUGGAGUUGAAAGCUAUCACGGUUAAGAAGGAAUGGAAGGUUGUUGAAGAAUCAGUUGUUUAGAUAGUACAAGGUAUUGUUUUAGUAGCUUGCAUUAUACCCUAAGUUUCCGAAGGGAUAUUAUAUUGAAAAAUUGUAUUUAGUACUAAAAGAAAUCCUUAUAAAGACUAGCUUAUUUAGGUAAUUUUAAUAGCCC